GGAAAUCAGAUUCAGCCACAAUUCUGAUGAUCAUCAAAAAUGAUAGGAAUCAGGUCAAAACUGGAGAGAAUCGUCUCAUCAAUCGUAAAAGUUCAUCCACACGAGAUCUCUUCAUUACUCCACUCCUUCUCCUGUUUCUUCUUCAUAUUGAGUGCAUAUUUCAUAGUACUACCAUUACGUGAUGAAGGAGCAAUGUCAUUAGGUCUGAAUAAUCUUCCUGGUCUCUUCUUGGGUUCAUUGGUUCUCACUUUGAUUGCUGCUCCGCUAUCUACCCUAAUUUUCUCGAUGCCUAAUCUCUCCAAAAUCAAGGCUUUGGUUUUGAUACACAGGUUUUUCAGUGUGUCACUUCUUGUAUUCUUCGUUCUUUGGUAUGCUUCCUCUUCAGGAAAUUCACCUGCUACUUUAAAGGUUUCUGGGUCUGAUCCUGAAGAUAGUCAGAAUCCCGACGUUCAUAAAGGCAUUCCUGCAAGUUCUGCAGGUUGGAGCAAUCAUAGCUCGUUGUACAUCUCAGUUAGAAUUGGGUUCUUCCUCUGGGUUGCACUGCUUAAUCUUAUUACAAUUUCUUCAACAUGGGCUAGGGUGAUCGAUGUGAUGGACAAUGAGUCAGGUUCUAGAUUGUUUGGUUUCAUAGGUGCUGGUGCGACCCUCGGCCAGCUUCUUGGCUCUUUAUUUGCUGCUGGAAUGGCUUGGCUAGGACCAUUUUUGCUUGUUUUUGCGGCUAUCUUGAUGGAACUAGCUGCACAAUCAGCUAAAGGUAUCAGCAAGGAUUUAGUAUCUCAUAGCUCUGAAGAAAUCAAUCCCAUCAGAGAAGCUGAUCAUAAUCAAAAAGUCAAUUCUGAUGAACAAACAAGACUCACUCAUGUAGGGUCUUCCCCAAAGUCUCCAACUGUUGGGAAGCCUCAACUUUGGGUCAUAUUAGAGGGAAUACAACUAAUAUUGUCAUCAACAUACCUUCUCUACGUGUCUCUGUUCUUAUGGCUUGGUGCAGUUGUCUCGUCUUUCUUCUACUUUCAGAAAGUAACUGUAAUUGCGAUGGCCGCUGCGACCCCAGUUGCCAGAAGAAAGUUGUUUGCACAAAUCAAUAGCUUGACUGCUGUUUUCAUUCUUGCUGGACAACUCACUAUAACAGGGCGUGUCCUUACUGUAGCUGGAGUUACUACAGCUAUUUGUGCAACACCUUUUGUUGCUUUUUCAAAUAUGAUUGCUGUAUGGCCAACAUAUAUUGUCGUAGCCAUCACCGAGACACUUAGAAAGGUGGUCACAUACGUUUUGACUAGACCUGGGAGGGAACUCUUAUUUACUGUUAUCUCACAGGAUGAAAAAUACAAAGCGAAGGUAUGUAUCGAUGUGAUUGUUCAAAGGCUUGGAGAUGCUACAGCUGCAGGGAUGUACAAGCUGCUGUUCAGCAUGCUUCGUAAGAGACUUUCAACUAUCCCUCUCUAUGUUUUGCCUAUCUGUUUCUUGUGGAUAGUAACAGCUUUCCAUUUGGGACGUCGCCAGGUUCACUUAGCCAAGCUUCAGGCCAUGUCAGUGACUUGAAAGUUUGCUGGAAACGGAACAAGGCAGCUAAUUUAACUUUUUCACUUUUAUGUACAGUAAUAGCUGUUAAUCCAUUCCAAAGCUCAGUUAUCACCUUAUACCAAAAGAUAGGGAAAAAAAAAUCACAGUAAAUUUUAUAACAACCACUUUCUUUGCUUCUUAGGAUGAACUUAUUUGAAGCAAUGUGCCAUCACAGUCGCAUUCUGUGGACGAUAAAGCUAGCAUUUAGUCACUUAAUCAUACACAUUUAUUUAGCUGUUGGAUGGUCCCAUUAUGAUCUCAAGUCUAGUGUGUGAUAGAUUCUCAUGGUCAUCUGGUCGCGGCACAUGGCUGGCAAUAGCGAAUUGUACCCCAUUGUAGGUGAGCUCAUUUCGUACAAUAGUUCUCAACUAUUGAUGUUAUAUCUUUCAAUGCAACAAUUAUAUGGAGUUUAUCCUAAACUUUACCUG